CAGCCACAACGCCAUAUACCGGAUUCAAUACAAUUUCCAUGAUCACCUUGCGUCACCCAAGAAGAGGAAACUCUCUGCAAGACCUCUGCAGAUACCACACACAUCUGGGAACCAGAUAUGAGAGACAGACUGGGACACCUGCACAAGGUGCUGGAUGACUCUGAGGGUUUCAGCACAGAGGAGCUGGAGGACCCGUCAGAGCCGGAAGCAGCAACAGCAGCAGCAGAAACUUCAAACCGAGACCAGGAGCUCGACGGCGUCCUGCAGGAGGCCCAGCAGAUACGCCUCGAGGUCCAGCAGAUCCAGCAUGACAUCUGUGACCUUAAGGAGGUGAACUACCACACCUUGAACAACACCCAACACCUCAGUACCACCAAGCGGGACUCCAACGCCAUUGGAGCAGAUAUCAAGCGCAGAGGAGAGGCCGUGCUGCAGCGGCUACAUAAGUUGAAGGCUCUGAGCGGGGAGGUGGAGGCCCAGCGUGGCAGCAGCGACCCGGUGGCGCGCAUUGCUCGAACACAGUACCAGUGUCUCGGCAAUGCUCUUCGGGAGGUCAUAUUCAACUACAAUGACACUGAGAUGAGCCACAGGGAGGCGUGUAAGAGACAGAUUCAGAGGCAGCUGGAGGUGGUGGGCAGGGAGGUCAGCGAGGAGGACAUGGAGGAGAUGAUGGAGAGCGGCCAGUGGAGCGUCUUCAGCGUCCAGGUGGAGGGGAAGACGGCACGCUCCGCUCUCGUCCAGAUCGAAAACCGUCACAAGGAGCUGCAGGACUUGGAGAACCGCAUCCAGACGGUGCAGGAGCUGUUCCUGGACGUGGCCGUGCUGACACAGGAACAGGGGACGGCCAUCGAAAACAUCCACGUCCAUGUCCAAAACACUGGGGCAGCCAUCCAGGACAGCGUAGUCCACCUGGACAAUGCAGCCACAUAUGACAAAAACAAUCCCUUCAAGAAGCUAUUCUGUGGCUGCUUCCCAUGCUACAGAAAUUAAGCCUGAAAUUCAGAGGGCCAAUCCAGUUGCAUUAAGCAUGUCCACCUUUUGUUCCCAACACAGUAAAAUACAGGAACAAUCAAAAUGACAAAUGUUAUUUUUUCUG